CUCUUAGGGUUAAGGUUAAAUGAUCACUUUCUAAAUAAAUUCUAGUUCUGUCACAGCUUUGUUGCCAAGUAUUAAGUUAAAAGAACUGCUUAACUUAAUAAAUAUAUUUGAAGAUGUGGUGGGAAAUUUUGCCAUCCGCCGGCAUCGUUUUCGCUGGUCUUCUGGUACCUCAUGGUAUUUAUUAUGUUUUUAACAAGCUUGGUCACAAUGGAAAAGUACGUAAUUAGUUAGUAGUUAGUAAUUUAAUAAGUAAUAAUAUUAUUAAUAUUAUUAUAUUAUUAUAUUAUUAUUAUUGUUAAUAUUAUAUGUACGUAGACGUAGUUCACAUUUAUUUAUUAAUUUUUACACAACAGACUACCCAGACUACACCUCUACUAGACACUAGUAAUAAUAAUUAAUAAUAAAAAGUAACAAUCAUUUACCUGAAUAAACUAUUAUACUAAUAUUACUAUUACUAACAAUAACUGAACUGUAACUGACCCUCUUCUCUCAUUGAGUCAUUUUGGUAAAUGUUGAGAGAGGAUGCCAUGAUCAUAAUGAUUGGCCGCCAUCUUGGUUGACAAGACCAGUUAAUUCUGUCUCUAAAUCUAAGUAAAUGUAUCCCUAAACCUAACCUGAACCCUAAAAUGUAUCCCUAAACCCAACCUGAACCCUAAACUAAAACUAAAUGUAUCCCUAAACCUAACCUGAACCCUAAUUCACGGCGACUUUAAUUUAAUAAACACCGAAAAGACACAGUGGCAUCCACAACUAGCAUUAGCCGUCAUUUUUAAAAAUUAUUCAAAUAUCAUUUAUCAUCUUAUAACAAUUUCAACUACGAAAUAAUGACAUUAAUUAUUAAUAAUUCACCUAUUAGUAAAUUUAAUGAUCAUUACAGACCUGUUUACUGUUUACUCUUACGAUUUUGAAGUGUAUACAUCAUUAUAUAUAUAGGCCUACUGUAAUGUAUGUUUAUUUUUUACUAUAAAUAUAAGGUAUUGAACGAUUUUGUGAUGAUAUUGUCAUUGUACAAUUUUAAGAGUUUGAGGGUAAACAGGUUUGUCAUUAUUUAUUAGUUAUUAGUGAAAAUUAUACUAAAGAUUAGAUUUAGAUUAUUAGUCAUUACUUAUUAUUAGCAUUAGGCUAUGAUUAUUAUUUCAAUCAAUACAAGUUGAUAUGUAACAUGUAAUGAUAGAAUUAGGCCUAUAACUAUGCCUCCUCACUCUAAAACUAAAAGAGAAUAUGAAUGAAAAUGAAUGGGAAUGAUGUAUAAACUUUAUGUGAAUUCUAUAUUGACAGUCUAUUUUAUUGAAUACCGGUAAUGCAGAGUAAAGGUCAUAAUAAUAAUAGCUGCAAUAAGUUCUGCCCCAGGAAAAAAAAUAUUUUUAUUUUUUUUACAAAAGAACUAAAUGAAGUCAAAUUCAAGUCAACUGGUCGGCAAUUUAAAUAUUUUAAGUAUAAGUGUACAUAUAGUCUCUUGAACAGUGGCAUAGGAAGGGACAGCACUUUAUAUGAAGGGAUGCAUUUUCAAGGCACUAUUGGAGACUGCAUUUUAUAAUAAUAAUUGCAGAAUUUGUGUGUAAAUGUAGAUACUUUAUGAAUGGCGUUUCAUUUUUUAGGUUGGGGUUAGGUAUAAAGAAUAUUUAUGUCCCUCCAGCCCUUUUCAUUUUUUGUUAAUAUUUAAUAAUUUCCUGUCCUAUCCCAUAAACGUUUCUGAAUUUUAUGCCACGGUUAAACUAGAGAGUAAAAGAUAAUAAUUCUUCCGGCAACUACAUAGAAGACCUCCAUAGUUUUUUUUACUGUGCUUUGUUACUUGCUAUAAUUCUAUUUCUUUUGUUUGCUGAUGAAGGCUCUAAGCCAAAACGUCCAAAUCUUUUGUCCUGUCUAUUUAUUCAAGUUUAGCAUACCUUGUUCUUAUAUUUCAUUUAAACUAAAGACUUGGAAGUUUUGUCAAUUUAAAGAAUAAAGUCUGCAGCAAUAUAUAUUAGUAUUAAAAUUUGUAUACUUUAUUGAAUUAAAUUUUACAAAAUCUAUAUCUUUGGUAUACUUGAACUAAAUGGUGAAAGGGUCCAAAAAAUGGUGUAAUUUUUCAAUUGUCUUAAGGAAAUGAAUAAUAAAUUAUACACAUUACACUUUAAAAUAAACAUGCAUAUUAAUUUUAUUUUCUGUAGAGUGAAGCUCGGAAUUGGAGAGCAGGCCUAUUUUUUGAAGAUUACAAUGUUUACUUACGUGACAUUAGAAUUACUGGCAGUGAAUACAUACCAAGGGUAUGUUUAUAUAAUUUUUGUUUCUAUCUAUAUAAUAAUAAUUAUACAUUAUUUUUAGAGUUUAAUAAAUGAUACUAGAAGUUUUAGAUAACUUAGCAAUAGAAAUAAUGGUACCAGUACCAGUUAAUAAAUUCAAAAAUAGGUAAGGUAUAUUAAUAACAAACUCAAGAGGUGGAGCAAUAAUUUCUAUUUGUAAAUUUAUUCAGAUGAGCAAAAUUUUUUAGAUAACGUAUUUGUUUUUGAGUUGCUAUUUAAAUUUAAUCUUAAAUCUUCUGCAGUACCGAUAUGAAUGUAUUUUUAUGCAGAAGAUUAUUGUUUUAUGGAAAACUUAAAAGCAUUAAAAUUAAAUAUUAAAUGCUCUACUUUUCUCGUGGUAAAGAAUUGUUUCUUUGUUCUUUUCAGGGUUUGGAGUCUAUUCCAGAUGAAUUCUGUAAAUGAAAACUAUAUUCCAGAUGAAGUCUGUAAAUAAGAACUAGCAGUCAUUUUUCCUUUCAGGAUCAGUUUUGUAUUUCUUUUGUUGGUUAAUCUAGAUCAUUGAGGAUUAAAAGUAAAUCUAAUUUUAAAAAAAUUGAGUUGUUGUUGAAGCUAUACCUAUUUUAUGUCCUUUGACUGAAAUUAUAUACCAUAAUUUGUGGCUUAUUAAAACAAAAAUGUUUUGAUGCGUACAAUUUUAGAGGCCCCCCAGAUUUGAAGGAAGAGGUCAGAAAAAAUAGUUUUCCCCCUCUACUUCAUCGUCCAAUAGCCCUGUACUUCAUUGUCCA